AUGGAAAUUCAAAAUUUGAAAACCCCGUUCGGUGAAUUUCUUUCUGGAAAAUAUGAAAAGAGCUUCGCUUAUAAAACGAUAAAGGAUCGCUUGCCUGUCAUCAUCACAAGUAUUAUUGAUAAUAUAAGCCAAUGCAAAGAUUCAAUAAUUACAAAAUAUGGUUCGAAUUGUUCUGAAGAGCUAAAACAAGUAAUAGGGCAAUUGAGUGAACUAAAAAGUGAAAUGAUGACAAAUAAACCAUUAAAAUUUAUCAGUUCAUCUGAAAAUGGGAAAAAAGAUAUCUCAAAAUGGAAUGAGUGUAUUAAAAAUCAACAAUUUAAAAACGAAAAUUUGUCAACAUGGUAUAAUUCUGUAUGGUUAUUCAGUGAAUGUUAUAUGUAUCGUCGAGUAGCUCAUAUUUUUUUAUCAACAACUACGUUAUUGACUUACGAUUAUUUUGAAAAACAAAAGCACGAUAAUUUUACUACAUCUCUAGAAACAAUUUCUGUGUUGGCGAAUUACACUAUGAACGUGUUAAAUGAAUCAGAAAGUAAUUUAAUUGAUAAUCAAAAAAAUUGUUUUACAAAUCUCCUGAAAUCAACUCUUUGGGGAAAUAAAUGUGACUUGUCUCUGAGCCAAGGUAGUGCAGUUAAAAUAGAAGACAUGAUAGAUGAAACAAAAACGUUAGAUAAAAAUAUUUUAAUUGAUCAUAGUGAUUUAAUUUGGACUCGUCUUAAUCAUUUUCGUGCUGAUAAAAAAGGCACUACCAUAGACAUCGUUCUGGACAAUGCAGGAUAUGAAUUAUUCACUGAUUUUUGUAUCGCUGCAUUCUUAAUCGAAAAUAAUUUCGCUAAAAAAAUUAGGUUUUAUGUGAAAAGUAUUCCCUGGUUUGUCAGUGAUGUAACUGAACGGGAUUUAUUUUGGACAAUUGACACUAUGAAAAAUUCAAAUCAUAAAAAUUUAAUGAAAUUGGGUCAUCGUUGUUCAAAGUAUCUAGAAGAUAAUAAAUGGACUGUUGAAAUUGAAUCUUUUUGGACAGAACCAUAUGAUUUUUCACAAAUGAAAGUGGAAUCACUACCGCUGUAUAAUAAGCUAUCUGAAGCUAUUUUAAUUAUAUUUAAAGGAGAUUUAAAUUAUCGAAAACUAAUGGGAGAUAUCAACUGGGACUAUGAAACUGAUUUGAAAACAGCACUCCGAGGAUUUCAGCCGACUAAUAUAGUAACAUUAAGAACAGUAAAAGCUGAUUUGAUUGUCGGCGUGCCUCAUAAAAAAGUUAAUGAACUAUUUAGUAAACAAGAAAAUUGGAUGGAAACCGGCCAAUACGGUCUCAUUCAUUCCUACUUCGUUGAUCAUAAUUUAUAA